AGGAACAUCAACAACAGUAGCAGCGAUACUGGUGGUAAUGAUGGUGAUAACAACGACGACGACGACGAUGAUGAUGACGAAGAUGAUGAUGAUGAUGAUGUGGAAAUGGAACAACAGUAGAAGUAGAAUUAUUAUUUUUUUUGUUUGUUUGAUCCAUUCUUUUGGCCAUCCCUCUUCUUGUACAUAGCAUGAUGUUUUUUAGUUUAGUUAUACAAUAAAAUAAAAAAUGGCUGAUCAUUUUUUUAAAACUCAAAUAAGCCUCUUUGUCAUAGUUGAAUCCCAAAAAAAAAAAAAAUCAUUCUCUCUCUCUCUUAUACUUCAUAAAUUAUGGAACUCUCUGAUCAAGGCAACAAAAAACGACAACAUUCACCAGAAAGCAGCAACACUAGCAUUGAAGAAGAUGUGAAACGAAGACAGAUCGAUCAAGUGGAACAAGAUGGCGAUCUCUUGGCACGACUGACCGAGAUCUUGAAUGAAAUCAAAACGACGCCUUCGACGGGUGAGAUCCCAGCUGAUCUGCUUGGGCAACUUCGACGAUUGAUGUUACGCAUUGAAGCACUAGCGGCAGAUGAUAACAAUACCGAAGCUAGACAACUCAAGGAUGAAAGUGAUACAUACCUCGCUCUAUGGUUGGAUGAUCUCGUGGCUCAAUGUGAAGCGGAUGAUCAAGAAGAAGAGGAAGAUGACGACGAUGAUGAUGAAGAAACCAUUGCUUUGGCAUUGGCAUUGCAAGAUGAAGAAGAAGCUGUAAAUGAUGAUGAUGAACAAGGUGAAUUUGCCGUCGUGCCUAUGGACGAUCCUACUGAAGUCACUGGUUGAAAACAAAAAAAAAAAAUCUCGACCUUCUUCCCCAUAUUGAAACUCUUUUGUUUUUGUCCUGAUUGUAUACCCCAGCCUUUCUCUC